CCAAAACCAACCGUAAAAUAGAAAGUUAACUUUUUAUUUUUUUAUAUGUUAUAUAAGUAUUUUUUAAUUAAUAUCCAUGCAAUCAAUGUGGUAUAUUAAUUAAAGGGAGGUAGAUCCUACUUUUGAAACAUGGUGUAAUUUUCUCUUUUUGAAGCAUUGAGCCCAAAUGUAAAGCAUUGGACCGAAGAGAACCGUUCUUGCACGACCCAAAAGGGAAGAACACUAGCAUCAGUAAAAUCCAUGUCCCCAAUCACUUGCAUCUGUCUAUUUUAUAGUUCUUCUUCCCGAGUUUAAAGGGGAGUUGGUGAAAUCAAAUCACAUCAUUGUUUGCUCGCAAGCGCAAAAGCUCGAGUUCACAACCCACCCAGCAAUUUUCUUGAUUUUUAUUUCAUUAUUAUUUUGCUUGGUCCCCUGCGUUAUUUUUGUAAGAUCGAACCUGAUGGCACAACGCCCUUUCGUUCUUGUUCUGGUUGCGCUCUCGUGCUUUGUCGGAUUUCUCGAAGCGAGCCCCGGCGAUGCCGAUCCGAUGUACAAGUCUUGUCUUGAAGAAUGUGAAAAGACAGGAUGUGUGGGCAACAAAUGCUUUCAACACUGUAAUUUUUCAUCUGAUGGAACUCCCGUUGAUGGGCCAUGGUAUCUGCAGGAGCCGCUCUACGUUCAGUGGAAGCAAUGGGAUUGCCGUGGUGACUGUCGUUAUCAUUGUAUGUUCUCUCGAGAAGAUGAAAGACAAAAACUUGGCUACAGGCCUGUAAAGUACCAUGGGAAGUGGCCAUUUAAGCGCAUUUUCGGAAUCCAGGAACCAGUUUCUGUGGCUUUCUCGGCAUUAAAUCUUGCUGUACAUUUUCAUGGAUGGGUAUCUUUUUUCAUCCUUGUGAACUACAAACUGCCUUUUAAGCAGAAUAAGAAGACAUAUUAUGAGUACACAGGCCUGUGGCACAUAUACGCAAUCUUUGCUAUGAAUGCGUGGAUUUGGAGUGCAGUUUUCCACAGUCGAGAUGUUGAUUUGACUGAGAAACUGGAUUACUCAUCAGCCGUGGCAUUGCUUGGAUAUUCUCUCAUUCUGGCUGUAAUACGAGCUUUCAAUGUGAGACUUGAGGCUGCUAGGGUCAUGAUUGCUGCCCCAUUACUUGCUUUUGUGACAACCCAUAUCUUGUAUUUAAAUUUCUAUCAACUUGACUAUGGAUGGAACAUGAUAGUAUGUGUGGCAAUGGGUAUAGUACAGAUUGCCGUGUGGGCCAUUUGGGCGGGCUUCACUAAUCACCCGGCCCGUUUGAAAUUGUGGGUAGUCGUGAUUGGAGGCGCAUUUGCCAUGCUUCUAGAGAUAUACGACUUCCCUCCAUACAAGGGAUUUGUAGAUGCUCAUGCUCUUUGGCAUGCAUCAACAGUUCCUCUUACUUACUUGUGGUGGAGCUUUGUUCGGGAUGACAGCGUGUUUCGAACCUCCAUCCUCAUGAAGAAGCAAAAGUAGCCUCUUUUUUCCCUUUUUCAUUUUUUUUUUCUUGCAACUAAUGUGUUUAUUUUGGAUGCCUUACUGUUAGUGGGUUUCUUUCUGUUUAUCGUCCAAAUGGACUGGAGCAAUCUUUAUUCUUUAGGUCCUUUUGGUCUGUGUUUGGUUUAAUGCACCGUAAACUGGAAUUUGUCUUUAGAUUUUUCCCAGGUUUUGCAAUAUGUAAUGCUUUCUUACCUCAUGGACUCGUGUUUAUGAGCUUCAAAUUACUGCUCUCACUGAAAAUACAAUGGUGUUCGCACACUUGUAUAAGUCGAAGCUAUCGAGCAUAAUUGGGUUGUAUGAUCUAAUGCAAAUAAUAUUUCACUUACAUAUAAAAUACAGUUCAUUGUUGAAUAACACUGUUCAUAAUUGACAAUUAC